AAAAAAACAGAACUCAAACAAUUACUGCUGCUCUGUACAAAGUGUUCAGUUCCAAUUUAAUAAUAAACUGUGCUGGCAAACUAAUGGAAUGUCUAUGGGUUCACCAGUGGCACCCUAUCCAGGUGAUAUAUUCAUGGCUUACCUAGAACGAACAUGUUUGAACUCUGCGAUCGAAGAAACUACAUAUUACCGCAG